AUGGUAUCCGGGGAGGAUUGUACUUAUAAUGACACAACAGAAGCUUCUAAUAUAACAUCUUUGCAAUCGGAUAAUAGUUGCGUAGUUAAUACCAAUUUCAAGGAAGCUGAAUUUGUAAAGAAAGAGGAUAAUACUUUUGAACAAUUUAAUCAUAAAGAUUGUAAAUGUUACGGGAUACAUUCACCACUGAACCAUGGAGUAGUUUCAGAACAUUGUGGAAGACCCAACACAGUACAGGAAUUACCUAAAGAUUUACAGAAAAACCAAUGUACAAUGAAACAAAUUCAAUCUACUGCACCGUGUUUAUGCCGUACCCAUAAAAUCAAUGCCUAUACUUUACCCUUGAAACACAAAAAUGGUAAUUAUUAUAGCUUACCGAAUUUUGUUAAGUCUGUACCUUAA